GGAUGACGAGAUCUCAGAACGAUCGAUUGACUGAGUUAGAGACUGAGCAACACCGAAUGGGAGAGGAAGUGGGCCGACUGGGGGCUGAGCUGGCAGAUCACGGUGCCAAGCUAACGGAAAUCGCCGCCUCUCUGGCCGCGCUGACUCAGGCCCUGGUGCCGCCGAAAUCGCCGGUUGCCGCUGCGGCAGGAGUCGGAUCCGCCUUGAUAUCGCCGACCGUAGAAGGAGUGCUACACAACCCGGCUCCAACCUUGUUACCCGCAUUUGACGGAACAGACCCAAUCGGGUGGAUAGCUCGUGUCGAACAACAAUUUGAAUUAAUUGGAACUCUACCGGAUAAAAAGGUGGCAGCCGCCGUGGUGUCCAUGGAAGGAGGGGCCCUUUAUUGGGUAACCUGGUUGAAGGCGCGUAAACCCGGCAUGACUUGGGAAGAAUUUAAGCAAGCCCUUAUAGCGAGAUUCGAUUCCCGAUUCCAGGGGAACCGAUUUGAACGAUUGUCUGGCAUCAAACAACUUGGGACCAUGGAGGAGUAUAAUGACUUGUUCGUUCAAUUGGCUAGCCAAGUUCCGGGGCUGACUGAUGAUCAUUAUCUAGGCUAUUACAUGAGCGGACUUAAUGAAGCAAUACGGAGCUCAUUACGCUUAUUCCGACCGCAUAACCUUGAAACCGCUAUGGAAUUAGCUCGCGAUGUGGAGCAUAAUCUGUCCAUCCAAAGUGGAAAAAGUGGCAGCCCGUAUUAUACUUCUUCAGGGGUACGUCCCAAUAGCUUUUUAAUGCCAAUCACAAGACCUCCGUUGACUGCAAGUGGUGGCAGCAUACAAGAAGAGAAUAACAGCUUUUCGAAAGAUAGUGGACAGCCCCCGGGGAUGAAGUCAGGACUGUCCAGGCAGCUUACUACACGCCCUCAGUUCACUCGACUUCCACCGAAAGAGUUAGCUGAAUUGCGGGCGAAAGGAUUAUGCUUCAGGUGUAAGAAACCAUUUACACCAGGACAUGACUGUCCCUUUAAACAGUUGCGGGUAAUGAUAGCUGAGGAGGAUGAAGAGUUGGACCUCCAACAACAUGAGUACUGUGAAAUAACCGGCCAAGAAAGGGUUCAGGAAGGAGAGGAAGGAUAUUUUCCAGUCUAUUCUAUGGCUAGAAAUUUCAAUACCCAUUCUGCAAGUUUUCAACCUUGAGGACAAGGUUAAUUUGAAGGAGGAUGAAUUGAUAUGAAGCGGGAAGAGCAUGGGGCGGGACCGGGCUUGGGCCCACUUCCGUGGGCUGGUUAUGGGCUGGAUUAUACAUGUGCUGGUUAAUUAAUUUAAUUUCUUUUAUUUAUGUGUUUUCUUUUAUUAUUACUUCUUGUUACAUUAGGAUUUUCCUU